AUGUGCGCAAAGGUCGAGACAGGACCAGAAUUCGAGAAGCAUGCACUCGUUAUGACGUCAAAGAGGCCUGUCAAUCCCUACACCGUGACAGGAUCUUUAGAAUUUCUUCGAAAGGGCUUGACGGUUAUCUCCACCGGCUAUGGAAUGAAUGCCCCUCUGUGCCCCUGCAUCAAGGCUUGA